AUGGGUAAUGACGGUGGAAGUAUCCCCACCCGGCGAGAACUAGUCCGCGAAGCCGCAAAAGCGCCAUCUGCGACACAGGUGAAAGAAGCACAACGCGAACAACUUGAGCACUAUUGGACUACAGAUCCUCUAUCGCAUAAACCUCUUCUUCGACCCAUUGUAUCCGAUUCAGUGGGAAAUCUAUACAAUAAAGACUCGAUCUUGAAAUAUUUGAUUGGCGCCGAGGACGAUGAUAUCAGCUCAAAGGCGGAUUGCGACGAGAUUCUGCAGGGACGAGUUAAGGGUCUGAAGGAUGUUGUUGAGCUCAAGUUUGAGGUAGAUACCGAAAGCGAUGCCACCAAGGGGAAUGGUGAGAGGUGGAUCUGUCCUGUUACGACCAAGCAGCUCGGUCCUACUGUCAAGUCGGUUUAUAUUGUACCCUGCGGCCAUGUCUUUGCCGAGGAGGCAGUUCGGGAGAUGAAGGGAGAUACAUGUCUUCAGUGCAACGAACCCUACACAGAAGAAAACGUCAUCAUCAUUCUCCCUACAAAGGAAGCCGACAAACAACGCUUAAUGUCGCGAGGCCUGAAGCUCGCCGAACAAGGACUGACACAUUCCCUCAAGAAGCUCUCUGGAUCAAAGAAGCGCAAGAAGCAUGCAAACGGCGAAUCCUCCUCAUCAUCAGCAGCAACGGCCGAAGAACCGGCCGCAUCAUCAACGAAAGCCAAAGCAGACUCUAUUAAUAAAGACAAGGCUCCAAUUUCUUCCGCAUCGGGCAUCAAAAAUUCCUCGACAGCCAUAUUAACAGCCAAAGUUCUUGAGGAAGAGCAAGAACGGAAGAAGAGACAGAAACUGGCUCGGAGUGAGAAUCUACAGAGUCUGUUCCAUAAUGAUAAGGAUAAGCGGGAGAUGAAGGAUGGAGAUUUUAUGACUAGGGGAUUUUCGAUACCUGCCAAUGCGCGGAGAUGA